CUAUAGUGAGGUGAUUACUUCUCUUUAUGGGGUAUCUGAUUGAUCACAUCCAGACGCAAAGUGUGGAAUAAAAGUUUUGUCUGACAAGAUGUGCAGUGGAAAAGGUAAACCUUUGGUACUUAUUGGAUUUAUCCUCGUGAGUCUUGAAAUGAUUGUUUCAGCUAACACAGGUUUCUCUAUAUCCAUAUAUAAUGUGACAUCAAGAAACAUUUAUCUCAGAUGGUCCAAGUUUUCAGGAGCCGUUUCCUACAGAAUAACAGCAACCCCCAGAAACACAGUAGGCCACUCUUUGUUGGCACAUUUCAGUGAUGUUCCUGUUAAAGGCAUUCUUACUUCACUAACUCCCAACACUGUCCACACUGUAAAAGUGGAAGCCAUUGAUAAGAAUGGAAUUAUCCUGGCGGAAGCACAGACUAAGCAGUUAACAGCUCCUGAGAUACCUGUUAUUGACCAAGCUUAUUCAAAACUGAGCAACAGUAUCACAGUGGAAUGGGCAGGUGUUCCUGGGGCUACCAGUUAUCUACUGACUGCACAGGAUGGAGAGUCUUUCAUUGAAACUAUAGUCAUAAAUUCACCAGGCACAGUGACAGGAUUGAAGGCUGCUACACUGUACAAAAUCACCAUCAGAUCUAUAAACUCUGGAGGAAGAAGCCUACCUUCGCCUUCAAAGAAGGCAAAGACAGUCUUGGCUGCUCCGGUCCUGUCUGUAAGUUCUCCAAGUUACAACUCCAUAGUGGUGAGCUGGGGAGCUGUAUAUAUGGCAGUUGGAUUCUCUGUGUCCAUCAUGAGAUCAGAUGGUUUAGGCAGUAUGAUGAAAGAGAACACUACCCAUACCUCCUUGGUAUUUACCAGUCUAGAUCCAGGAACUCUCUAUACCAUCAAGGCACAUGCCUGGAAUGUUAAUGGAAUACCUGGAGAUGAUUUCACGUACAACCAAAUAACAAGUCCUCAUGCACCAUCAGAUGUUCAAGUUGCUUUUGAUAGUGGAACUUUGAGGGCCACUGUUUCUUGGAUACCGACAGAGGGAACUUUAAAUUACAGUGUGACAGCCAGCAGUGGAGCCUCCAAACUGAACUGUAGCACAUCUUCCACUUCCUGCACUUUGUCUUCACUCCAGUGUGGAUCUGAGUACUCUGUUUAUGUCAUAGCCAAUAAUGGUGCUGGAUCCAGUAAACCUACAGAUGCAGUGAGUUUAAAAACUGUUCCUUGUGCACCAGGAAGUAUAACAAUAGAAGAGGACAACCCUGGUAAAUUGUCAGUGUCAUGGUCUAAUGCAGAUCUUGGAGAUUAUUACGUGGUUUUUGUGAAAAGUGAUGAUGGCUUGGAAGUGCACUGCAACACAUCCCAUACCCAAUGCCACUUCCAAUCAGAUUGUGGUUUCACCUACUUCAUUAGUGUCUUCGCAUAUAACAAGGCAGGACAGAGUCCUUUAGGGGAUAUAUUCAAUUAUACGACUGCACCUUGUUGCCCCAGUGACUUUUAUCCAGUGUUUGUGUCCAGCGAUACAGUUGAAAUUGUCUGGUCUCCUGUCCGUGGUGCUGAAAUGUAUGAAACAAAAGCUGUUGAUGGGGUUGGUGUAGUAUUGUGUCAUGACACUGCCACAAUUUGCAUCCUGUCUGCAUUGCAGUGUAACACCCAGUAUAAUAUCACUGUGUAUUCUUACAGUGAAAUCAGGGGCAGCAAUACAUCAUGUGUAUCUAAAUAUGUGGCAACAGCUCCAUGCAGUCCUGAAAUAAAAAAUGUCUCCCAGGAUGAUCUUUCCAUAAUUAGUGUGCACUGGCAGGCCAAUAAUGAUGAAGCUAUAUACACUGUUACUGUUAGAGGAGAGGCUGGAUUGUGGCACUGCACAAGUUCUGGAAAUUCCUGUAGCAUAACUGGUCUUCCCUGUGGAUCAGUUUUCUCUGUUAGUGCUGUGGCAAUUACAACAGCAGGGCAGAGCUUACCUAGUUACAGUGUUCCUUUAGAGACAGCUCCUUGUUGCCCUAAUGAUCUGACAGUAACUCAAGUGAUGCAGUCUAUAACAAAUAUCAGCUGGUCUGUUGGGGCUGGUGCAAAGACCUAUAUAACAAUACUGGAAUCACUGAAAGGACCAGCCAGGUGCCACACUCUCCAAAACCACUGUCUCCUGGGAUGCAUUACAUGUGGCACCAACUAUACAGUGGCUCUGAAAGUGAUUAGUGAAACUGGUUUGGCCUCAUACUGCACAUAUCAAGACUAUUCUUCCAGUGCUUGCUGUCCUUCUGGGGUGAAAUUAUAUAGACUGGGCAAUAAUGGUAUCCGAAUAUACUGGCGAGCUUCUGCAGGGUUGAUAAGUACAGAUCUAUAUGGAUCAAAAGGCAAUUUCACCUGUAUCCCUACUCCAGGUUUGAAUUAUUGUGAUGUCACCGAGAUACCUUGUGGGGAUGUCUAUACAGUGGUAGUUUCUCCUGUUCCUGAGAAAGGAUCAAAGAUUACAUUUUGCCCUAAAAAAAUAUAUUCAGUGACCUGCUCUGGAAGUUCUGUUGGAAUGGUGAUCUAUAGAGGAAAGAGAAGUGCAGAAUAACAUUUUUCUGGAUGGAAUCAUUGGUUCAGAUAAGCAGGUUUUACCAGGAAAGGGUACAAUACUGCAUAAAGGAUGGCAGGAUUUAUUUGUAGUAUGUUUAUCUGUUCUAGUGUUUGGCAAGGGUUCAACUUCUAUGCCUUUCCCCAAUUUACAUUAACCAUUGUAUUAAGUGGCAUCUCAUCUACUGGAACAAGUACUUGAAAUGUACUACUUGCCACAUAUAAGAAAUUACUGCAUUAAAGGAUUGAACUCUAGGCAUUUAGAGCACACUAAUCACUGAAUUUUUAACUGAAAAAUACUAUGAUUAUUGUAUACAGCACUGUGAUGAUACUCUCAGAGGAGAAAAUGCCCCAUCAUUACUGGACACCAAUCACUAGACUAGACAGUUAAAGAGGAACCUCAGACUUAGAGAAUUCUUCCUGAUUUUCUUCAGCCAGAGGGAUGCCAACUGAAAAACAGGGUUCUGAGCACAUGGUAAUCAAGUCAUGAAAACAGAAAGCUUCUCAGCACAUCACUUUCUCUCUCACUUCCAUCCUUCCAGAUACACACUUUUUGCAUGAAUAAAGUAAAAGUUCUAUGGUAUGGAAUGCCUGGUCAAGAUUCUGAAUUUAAGAGUAAUGCUUGGUGUUCUCAUAUGCUAAGCAACCAAAAGGGCAGCUGAGACCUACUGCCAAACUAUAGUCUUCUUGCAUUGGCUGGUGGUCUGCCAAACCGACUCAGAGGGUGACAGCUCUUAAAUAUCAUUAAGACGACUAAAAUACACUUAAUUUUUUCAUGCAAGCAAACUUUAGUUGGCACAAGGUGAUUAUGAUCACAUGUGAAAGGGGAGAUUAUCCAUAAGAAACUCUAUUAAAAUGUGAAUCCAAAAUCUGAAAAAUGAAAACACGUGAGGCUGCACUUUUAGAAGUUCGGGUAUAUUUGCAUGUUCUCUUGAAAGCAAAAGUUUAGGAUUUUAUUCACUUUUACCUGGCAGAUUGUUACUGCUGAUGGUUAUAAAGGAUAUAGUAAUUCACUGGCAAUGAAUCAGCAUGCAGUAUUGUAAAUUACAAAGCAGCAUAGGUGUUCACUUCUGGAAACUUAAGCCACUAUUUACUUAUGGCUACAGCCAAAUCAUCCACAACUUUUAUCCACCAUAUAAACUAUCCAAUUUGCUAUGAUUGAGAGAUUCUACACAGAAUUACAGGACUACAACAGGGGUUCUGCACGUUAGAAGCAAGGCAGCAGUGGCUGAGUUGUGGAAGAGGCACCUUAGGCCUACCAGUGUUGAGCACCCAGUGUUACCAGUUUUUCACUAAACUAUGUAACCUUGCAACACUGUCUCCUUAUUUUCUAACUUAGAAUAUCAGCGUUGGAAGGGACCUCAGAAGGUCAUCUAGUCUAACCUCCUGCUCAAAGCAGGACCAAUCCCCAGACAGAUUUUUGCCCCAGAUCCCUAAAUGGCCCCCUCAAGGAUUGAACUCACAACCCUGGGUUUAGCAGACCAAUGCUCAAACCACUGAGCUGUUUUCAUUCAUUACACCAUAUCUCCAGUCAGACUGUAAGCUCUACAGAGCAGGGCAUGUACUUAUUUGUCUGAAGUAUCCACCAUAAUGUCUGUAUUACUGAAUGGAAUUUGAAGAGUCACAUUAUUUAACCAAAUGUUAACAACAGAAACCUGGUCUCAAUCAGAACAGCCAAGGAGGAAAAUAAAUGGAAAGAUGUGUUAACAGACUUAUCUACUAAGCCAUAUCCAAUUCAUCAAGAGAAGUAAAACUUUUUGCAAAGAGCCAGGCAACGACUGAGAACAGUACAAAAGAGGAGUAGCAGUCAAUCAUUUAAAGCCAAGUAUCUGAACUGUCAAUGUUGUUGCUAGCCUCCCCACCCCAUAAAACAAGUAGAAACUAAAAUAAUCAAAAUCGCGAAUAAGAUGCUGAUUAUACAUUCAUCUUCUGAUUAAAA